AUCAAAACAGUCAACACAAAAAGAAAACAAAGGCUGUCGCGAGAGGUUGUUCUCUUUGUGAAAAAUUGAAAACUUCAUAAAAUUCCUUCGAAAGUGCAUUAUUUCGUCCUAGUUACAGUUUAAUCGUGUUGUGAAUUUGUUUAACGUGAAAAUGACGACUCGAAAAAUGAACACCAUCGAAGAUCUGAGCGAAUCCUGGGUGGAACUCAACAACGGCGGUGGCCUGGCCGCCGUGGAGAACGAGUACAUCAGACUGCUGCGAGAGGCGCAGAGAGAGAGCCGGGACUCCUCCGUGAGGCACUCCCGAGCCUCCAGUGUUAAAGGCAGUCCCAAAUCACCGCCGAACAGUCCGAACCUGGAGCCGUCUACUGAAGAUGAAAUGAAAGGAGUCUACAUAAACCACUGGAGAGAAGACUCCAACGACUGGGUUUGGGAGUGGAGUAGUAGACCAGACCAGCUUCCACCCAAGGAUUGGCGGUUUAAGCACCCGACGACCAGUGCACGCGGUCCACCUUCAGCCACCUCCUCCAUUGAGGUGCUAGACCAGCAGCCUUCGCAACAGGGCCACUGCCUGUCCGUCCGUCGUUCCUGCCUGUUCAGUCGGGGCGCCAUCGCCGCGGUGCUGCUCACCAACGUCGUCUCAUUACUGCUUGGCGCUGGAAUUGGAAUGUGGCUAAGCAAACGUGGUAUCCUUCCACCCAGACUGAUUGUUAUCAACUGAAGCUCAAGACUGAGGCUCGACCACUGCAAGUAAAUAACGAAAUAUAUACUUAACAAACAUAAUAUUAUAUACCAUAUUAUCUACACACGCUGCCCAGCUCCUAUUGAUGUUUUACACCCGAUAAAUGGACUAUCCAACACAAAAAGAAUUUUCAAAAUCGGUCCAGUAGUUUCCGAGAUAGGCGCAUUCAUACAAACUGUUCAGUUUUAUAAUAUUAGUUUAUAGUAAUGUUUGUUAAAAUGUAAUAUUGUUAUUUAUAAAUGCAGUUUUUUAUGUAUAUAUAGGUAAUUGUGAUAUAAAUAUUAAAUAAUACUGUUUUGACUCGCUUUUAUUACGUCGACGUGUAACGAACUAUGUAUGUAAUAAAAUGUAAGAAUCUGAAUUACACACACUUGUAAUUGUUGUAUCAUCAUGAGACUUUGCAAGUGAGGUGUAGAUGACGGGGUAUGAAAAUUAAAACUGUAAUUAGUCCGUCAGUUAGGUAAUGAAAAAAUAUUAGACACGUAUUUUU